AUGAAAGCUUUCUCGAGUGUAAAAAAAGGGAACUACAACUCUUUCUGGCCCCCCUUUUUCGAGAAGUGGGAAGAAUGUUGGCCAAUCACUCUGGAAGGCUCAUUAGAGCCCCUUGAUGAGAACGCAAGACUCGAGCAGAUGGCUAAGGCAAGGGAUGCCCUUCAGACGCGUUUGAUGGUCAAACUAUGCAAUGACUUUGGUAAUUCGAAGAUAGGCCGCCGGGCAAACACCGCUGGGAAUACCAUCGUCAGCAAGCUGAUUGGCGAUAUCACCAUCAAGUCAGGCAAAAAGAAAUCACGCCCCCUCAAUGCAACAGAGGUUUAUGCCAAGAAGUAUUACUCAUCGCGUGUCCAGCCUGCAGUCAAGGAGGAACUCGAUGCCAUGAAGAACGCAGUUGAUGCACCUGAACCCAAAAAGCGGGUGAUUCAGGUUGUCUGCAAACAACUAGCAUCCUGCUGGGAGAACGAAAGUGUGCAGGUGAAGGAAGAGGUCACGAAAUUGGCCCAAGAGAUGAAGGAAAAGAGGGAGAAAGAGAAAGAAGCCAUACCUGACAAGAAGGAGGUGCCGAAGGAGUUACUUACAGAAAUACUGUCCAUGUUUUUCACCAAGUUACACGAUUCGACGGGAUGGACAUUCAGCGUCUUACUAGCUGGUCCUGACCCUGCGAACGCCAGCAAACUCGAUGUCAGUAGCCUGCAUAUUGGAACGACCCUUGCUGGCAAUCGGUUCAAUCAAGCAUAUCCGAAAUUCGAGGAGAGUAUCAUGGUGCCUUACUUUGAGUUUGCAUCUCGAGCAUUUUCUGAUCAAGAUGUAGCCGACACUGCAUUAUUAUUAUCAAAGGGAACCACUACGCCUGACCAGAAUGAUACAUCACUGCCAGACACACAGGCACUGCCAGCCCAUAACUCCCAUAACUCCCAUAACUCCGUCACAGCUGAUAUAUCAGACACACAGGCACUGCCAGCCCAUAACUCCCAUAACUCCGUCACAGCUGAUAUAUCACUCGCUACCAUCUCUUCCGCAUCCUCUUCCACACCUGAUACAUCACUUGCCACUGUCUCACCCGAUACAUCACUUGCUACUGUCUCACCCGAUACAUCGCUCACUACCGAUACACCAUUCAUGGCGUCAGUACCAUCCCGGUUGCAAUCCGCUUACAACUUUUUCCAAUUUGAUCCCCCCGAUCUUCAAGAUGACGACGUUGAUCUAGACUUCAACAGUACAAUCCUACCGAUGCCGCCCAACUACAAGCCGCCAUCUCUGUUACCUCCCUCUUCUCCAAUGGAGUUUUCGUCCACUUCCUCUGGAAUGGAUUGGUUUGCUUCUUCGAGAUUAUCUCCUCUAACUUCCACCUCGAGAUUGGGAGACCUUAAUUCUGCUGGUCCCUUGGGACACGACUCUGACAACACCCUCACAACUUUGCAGAGCCAAGCGUCUCCUCCUCGUCUUCGCCAUAUAUCAUCCGUUCUCACAAAAACUGCAACUGCCAAUUCUUAUGCUUCUGCCCCAAACAACAAUCCCUUUGCUCCCAUGGCAACUUCUACUCUCGCGCAUUCUCCAACUUCGGUAGAAAUCCCUUCUGUGCAACCAUCUUCAGUUGUGCCUGAACCUCCCACCAUGGAACCUAUUAUGGCCACUCCUUCUCCACCCGCCACAGUUGGUGGGGUGUUACCAGCGACAACGAAGGCUGCUGAACACAAGUCCACAAAGAGCAAUGAGACAGUCUCUGCAAAGCGUCAGAAGAGGGAGGGUGCAGUGGUCCUACCCACUGAGAACUCGCAGCCCAUCGAGGGAGGCCGAGGUAAACGACAACGCUUCCAGUCAUCCCGGGCGGCUGCUGCCAAUGCCAUAGGUCACACAUUCUUUAAGGUUGGGCUGGGCCGAGCGUUACUAGCUCGGGGGUGGUACACAAGCAUAGUGGAGCCAUUGGGAGGGCAGGAUAGUACCUACUCACGAAAUUUGAACAUGUUCGAGUCACCUGAGGAAUCAAUAAGCGCUAAUAUGACAAUAUUUUUUGUAGAGAAAUAUCUAAAGGAAUUAUGGUGGGAUUUGAAGAUUUUGAAUGAACGAGGAGGCGGGCUGCAUGACCCAGCACCAGUAUAA